GUUAUUGGUAGCUAUUGGUUACUUAUUUAGUUCCAUAAGAUUAAAAUGAGUUUCUGUUUUUUUAAUUAAUUAAAUUGUAGAUUUAUCGCUUUAUUGUUUCUCGUGUAUUUCUUACAGUGACAAUGAUAAACUUAAGGUCAAAGUGAUACCUUUGUGAUUGGAACUGUUUGUACAUUUACAGCGCUCUUUGCCAACCGUAAUUCAACUUUGGAACUUUGGUUCUUUUUCGGAGAUAGGUUACAUUUGUUCGAGUACAUAACUAUGAGUUACAGGGCCAAACAAUCUCCAAUCCACUCUGGUUUGAGUGAAAGUUUCCUCGAUGUUUUGUUGAGAGUUAAUGCUACUCAAAAGUCUUUAGCAGUGUGUCAUACAGAUAACAGAAUCGACAAAAUAUUGGACAAAUUCGGACUUUACUGUAUUGAUUUUUCAGUCAACAAUGCUCCAGCUAUUAAUCGUUACAUUUAUAAAUUAAUCAUUGAAGCAACCAAAGAAUCAAAAGAAAACAACAAGCAACUGCAAGCACUGACUCAAUGUAAAAGUAAACACAAAAUUAUUAUCUUCGAUGGCCUUAAUUGUUUUAAUAUAGCAAAAUUUAAAAGUUUUUUAUCUGAAGAUACCACUCUUGAAAGUAUAGCAAUGGUUCAUGAACCUGAUCCAUUCAGUCUAUUGAUAUCCAUUUACCGCUAUUUUAUGGAACAAGCUGCUCUUAAUAUCAAUCUCAAGUUGGUCAUUAUUUACUGUGACGAUUCUUUUAUUUCAGAUCUUAUGGAAUUUCUAAUUCAACGGAAACUUAGUCUUUAUGUAGUUUUAAUCUCUUAUAGUGUUUCAACAGUUUAUUCUAGAGGCCUUUAUAACGGAGAGGUCCAAGGAAUUGAAUUUUUAACCAUUGAUUCAACAAGUGAAAGCAUAAAUGUUAAAAAAACUUUCAAAGGCAAAGUUAAAUGUAUAGCAAGUUUCAAUAACUUGCAACCUAAAAAUUGAAAAUCAUGAUGUUUCUUACUUUAAUUGAACAAUAUUUCCACCCUUUUGUAUACAGAUGUGUUCUUAACUCUCAAUUGAUCUCAUAUGGUGAUAAAAUAAGAAUUAUGCUUUCAAAAGUUUAAAUAGUUCGCGCCAAAAAAGAAUCAUCGCAAUUGUCAAAAUUGUUAUCCAUAAACUAUCUGAUCGAUAAAUCAGAAUUUUUUAAAAUUAUAUUAAAGAACUUCUCACUGUAACAGUAUAAAAAAUCACUAUUUUCUUGUCUGUUGAAGGUUUGCAAGAUUCCAUAACAAGUUAAAAUGACAUGAUAAACAUCAAACAGCUGAUCGUUAUUUUGUUUUCUCUUUAUUUUAUGUGUGCAGGAUCAUUUAACCUUUCUUAAUUAGAAAUUCCUAAUUGUAACUGUUUCAAUAUUUGUUUUUAAAUACAUAUUUAAAUAAACCAAACAUGCUUCGCACUACAUCAUGUUUCAUCACUGGGGCUAAUCGUGGAAUUGGCUUGGAAAUCGUUCGCCAGAUUAUCAAUCUAGAUCCUAAACCGAUAAAUGUGAUUGCUGCUUGCCGUAACCCCGAUAAAGCUGAGGAAUUGAAGAAACUUACCUCUGUCACCAAUAACCUACACAUUGUGCGUCUCGAUGUUCGGGAUUUUUCGAGUUAUGAUAAAUUAUCCACCGAAGUCAAUCAAAUAGUUGGUACAACAGGAUUGGAUUUACUGAUUAAUAAUGCCGGAGUCGCUGCAUUCAAAACUUUAAGCCAAGUUUCACCUAAAGAUAUGCUGGAUAGUCUUGAAGUAAACACUGUAGCGCCAUUAAUUCUCACCAAAACCCUGCUUCCUCUAAUCAAAGCUUCAGACAAAGAAAAAACAUCAAAGUUAAUUGUUAACAUAAGUGCAAUAAUGGGUAGCAUCAGUGAAAAUAACCAAGGUGGAAUGUAUCCAUAUCGAACCAGUAAAGCUGCUCUAAACAUGAUUACCAAAAGCGUAGCCGCUGAUUUAGAGAAGGAAGGUAUUUUAUGUGUAUCCAUGCAUCCUGGCUGGGUCAAAACUGAUAUGGGAGGUAAAAACGCACCGAUGAAAGUUGAUUUUAGUGUUUCAAAAAUGCUAAAAACUCUCGGCUCAAUUGAUAAAAACUCCAAUGGCAAAAUUAUUAACUUCGACGGCAAAAUAAUUCCGUGGUGAUUGCGAUUGUUACUCAAUAUAAAUUUUUAAAAGUCAAAUCUGCCUGCAUUUGCAUGUCAUUUAUUUACAUUUUUCAAAAAUGUAUAAAACUAGUUAAUUGUAGUGAUAAAAUCUUAUAAUUCUCGAUAAAAUUGUACGCUGAUUCAACUAUGAAAUCAGUUUUAUUCACUAAUAUCUUUGUAAAGUUAAUUGUCUAGGCUAUUGAUUAGUGAAAUUUUCGAGUACUUUCCUAUGUACUCAAACUCAUCAACUUAACCGAUUUUUUGCAAUUAAAAUACAUUGAGUACUUGAAAUAUAUUCCAAGCCAA